AUGAAGAUGAAGAUUCGGGUCAAAAUCAUGGAUCAGACGGAUCACCACUUUGAGGUAGAUGAUCAGAUGCUUCUGUCAGAUUUUCGUAUCGAAGUAGCGGAUCGUCUCCAUAUACCUCCGGAAAGGCAACGGAUGAUUUUUGCUGUGAGUUCUCCCAUGAACGGACGCGAACGGAUAACAUAUGUGAUUCCGUUUGAAAGAAGUGGUAUUCUAGCAGAAAAUGCUCAUAUUGAGGAAAUGAUCCAAUCUGCCCUAGAUGGAUUAACCUUUUUAACAAACGACCAACGAAGAAGAAUUACCACACACUGGGAGUCCAACAACAUCCAUAUAUCACUUCCCUCACAAAGGACUCCUCACGUUGCUUCUCCUUCUUUGGAACGUGUAGCUCUAAUAGAAACUUUGCUUGAACAUAUUGCUCAUUUUUAUCAGAUCGUUGAGAUGCCGGGUGGAAUAGCAGAUAGGAUAGAUGAAUUUCUCGACGGCUCCCAUACAUAUGAUGAGGAAAGCACUACCGUUUUCAAUGAACAACUCCGUGCUGAUGCCUUAUCGCUUGAACGAGAGCCUUUGAUCCGUUCGCGUCUUGUUGAUCGACUUAAUACCGAAGAAGAAGCUAUCGACGAGUCUGAUGAACUCGCUGCGCGCUUUCAGCGUGUUGAAGAAACAAGUGGAAGCCCUGGUUAUGUAAUGAGACAUGCUAUCACGUAUGAUUUGGUGUAUAUUUUGAGACGUUUGCAUGAUGAAUAUGAGAGAAUCCGUCCUCAUAUGGUUCGUUUGGAGCGAAUACUGAACUCCCGAAUACUUUAUAACAUAGACGAUGCCGAGCAUACCGACACUGAUUAUCGUGCUAAUUUCUUCACUGUUUACAUGGAGCAUAUUCAAAGGGCAUUUCACCGACUUUCUCAUGUGUGGCAUCUUACCAGUGAUCUGGGUUCCGAUGUUCAAGAACUAACAGGCGAGGAAAUCCGUAUUAUUGGGCUAAAUCCAACUGCUGUAGACGAGUUACUGUUUGCACUAAUUAAGCAGUCAGAUGCUAUAAUCGCUCCACGUUUACGUCCAAGGCAGUCUCGAGAAAAUCAGUUACCAGUUGCUGAAGAUUCAUCUGCUGAGGUGCCCACAUUAAGCGCUUCAAAUAAUUCACCAUCGCUAGAAGAAGUGCUGAUAAGAACGGUCGAGCAGAGCUUACCAUCUUUGGAAUCAUCUAAUCCCUAUGAACGCUUUAUGAGACUUCUGCUACAGCGCGCUAGCGAUCCAAGCUUCGACAUGAACAGUUUAUUCCGUAACACGGCCAUCCAGCAGGCGUUCAAUCAUGACGGAACACAGGCUGAACGAACGUCCACGACUGGUCACCUUUAUCAACAAUCGUCUUCAUCACCAUCGCAGAUGCCUAACCAGCAGUCUUUGGUCCCAUCAUUAGGUUCCCUAGCCAGGGGAGUAAUCACGCAGACCGGAAAUCAGAUGCCGUUUAUGUCGGAAGUGAUUUCGAAUAUCAUGAGGAAUAAUGGUAUUAAUGGCGCAAUGUCACCUCAGGUUGACGUCAUCUUAGAAUAUGGAGAAGGCGGCUCACAAUCUAGUAUUAAUCAUAUACAACCGCAGUUAAUUGAUUUAUCUGCAGGUGGCAUAUCCGAACAGAGAGGGCAUCCUACUGCUAUUGGAUACCAUGUAGAAGUUCACCAGUUCGAUGUAAUUCCUCAGUCUAUGGGACCAGAUUCAUCGCAGAUUUCAUCGCAACACAGUAUCUCAUUGAAUACUUAUGCUCCAUCCACUUCAUCCAACUACAGUAAUCUUCCAAAUACAACAGGCUCUACGUCAGCCCGUGGUGGCUUUGUGCCGGGUGGACAGCGGCAGUUAGGCCCAGCUAAUAAUCUACCACUUUUCAUGGGAAACACGGGAUUUCAGCCUGAAAUGCAUGUUACGCCUCCACGACAGGAGGUUGGUCUUAAUUCUUCCGGAGACAUAUUGGUUAAUGACGAAGAAAAUUUCCGAGCAUUCAUACAACUGGCUGUUCGAUCGGCUUUGAGUCAAAUGGUUCAUGCGGAUCAGGAUCGUAACGCACAAAAUGCUCGUGGGUUUGCUCCUCAUGUAUUCUCAGUUGGUCAGUCAGUACAGGUACAAGUGACUCCUGGUGGUGGUGAAGUUGUAGAAACAAUGUCUGCCCCAAUUUUGGUACAUGCGGAGGUUCAACAACAUUCUGCUGUUAAUGCUGUUUCCACUUCAGCUCCUGAGUAUUCACAAAAUAUUCCUUCAAUAACUUCGAAUAGUGCUUCGAAUGAACAGCGCAUUGAUUCCUUUCUCCGGGAAGAUGGAAGCCGUAAUAUUUUAACGGAGAUGGCUAACGCAAUGACGCUUGGAUUCGAAAGUAGGCUAAUAACGAUUCUCGACAUGUCUGGUGCUCCAACGUCAUUGUUACGUCCAGGAAAUGCUCUACUCUUGAACUUCGCUACUCUUGGUGAUCUUGCAAGUAUGUUAGAUUUCAAUAUGACGCCAUUAGAAUUUCAUCGAGCUCAUUUCCGAGCACAUGUCAUUGAGAACCAGUUAAAUGGAAACUCUACUCCUACAGAUGAUGACUUACUUUCCGCAUCCGAACGUCUGGCAGCGCUUCAUUCAUCUAUCGCAUCUAUUAUUUGUACUGCCGGUGGUGAAGUUGAGCGUAUUUGGAAUGUUUCCGAUGCUGAGUUCAGCCGUCGUAUACAGAACACCCUACGUGACUACGUUCGCCAUUUGGUAGCACUUGGGAACUACUCGUUCAGUAACUCAGAGCAAACAGCGUAUAUAACGAUAGUGUUUGAACUUCUGGUAAAUGCCGAUAGAAGCAUUGGGAAUGCUGAUACAAAUCUGACCAGGUUGAUGCAUUUAAGGAGAUUUGUACUGCCGCGUAUUGUAGUUCUUCUGCGUGGGCAAGGACCUUUACCGAACCUUGAUGAAAUUCCGUCUCGUCUUCUAGCUUGGACUGAUUGUUUGCGCCCGGAUGUUUCAUCGAUAUCGGAUGUGCAUUCUCCCGAAGAUGAACAUCAAGUUUGUAAUGCCGUACAUAAUGGUGUGAAUGAGGAUUAUCACGAUAGUCAUGACGAGACUCGAAGUCGUGGUACUCCUUCAAUCGGACCGGCUGCUGCCAAGAAAAGGAAGUUGGAGGAUGAAGAGCUCAAGCCAUCAACAUCACACGCUUGCUUUGGGAUGUCUACCGCUACGCGAACUGGAACUGGAAGUGAAGAGGAUGCUCAGUCAGCUGCCCAGCUCCGAGGCUAUGAUGGAGAUUGGGCACGAUUUUUUCCUGACUGGGUUGAGACAAUAGAGUGCGAUGCACUAUCAGGUCAAACAAAUCCUCGUCUACUUCGUAAUCCUAGUGACAUGUAUCAGAUGGGGCAUUUAGAACAUGGAAGAAGACAAGUAGUGCCCGAACAUGCAUCCGAAGAAAGUUUGCUAUCUUCCGCAGCGCAAGAAAUUGUUGGAAAUGUCUUUCGUGGUAAUAUCCCAACUACCAUCCAUGAAAAUAUCAGCUCAGGUGCUGCCUUGAGUGCGUUGGAUGAGUUGAUGGUCCUUGCAAUUCAACACCGAAUUCUAGGAGACUCUGACUACGAUUCUUCCCAGUAUCCAAAUGUAGCUCGGCAGUUUCAUAAGAACCAUGGAUUGCUGUGA